AGACACCUCCAGCAAACUCCGUAUAAUAAUGAUAUCUGAUUCAGAAGUGGAAGAUGUUCAGCCAGCCUCUGAAAGAACAGCACGGCACAUCAGCAAUGAAAUGUAUCCAACAGAUCCUCGGGAAUCCAGCUCAAAAAUGAGUAGGAAUGGUAAUCAGAAUUACUGCAAUGGGAAAUUACCGUUUGUUCAGAAAAUAAUGCCAAGUGGAUUCAUCUCUCUGGAAUAAAGAGAAGCUGCUCAGCGUCUGCAUCGCCAGCAUCUUUGCCUUGCCCUCAGUUGACACCUUAUUAAGACAAGAUUGGGAAAAGGCUGAUGUACAGGCAUUGUAUGACCAGACAGUGAAAGCAAUGGAAGCAAUGCUGAGCCACCUCUUAUCAGGCAACCCAAACACAACUGAACUGUUCCUACUCUUAGAACAAUUCUCACCCUGGAUGAAAUCGGCACAAGCACAUGAACGGGCAAGAGCAGUGAAAACCUAUGUAUUCCUGUUGAAAUUUGCAGCCACUUACCCAAAGUUUUAUGUCUCUCCUGAAUGUCCCAGGCUAGGGGUUUUGAUUGGUCAGUUAUGCCUACGUCUCAAUGACCCCAAAAAGGAAAUUGCCCGAAAGGCUAUGCAAGGCAUAUAUUUCCUGUAUUGGCUUGUACAACAGCAAACAGCUGAUUCAUUGGAGCAAGGGCAAUUCGAAAUAUGCAAAGAGAUUUUGGGUCCUUACAACGCUGCUACGUCUCAUUGCAAUAUCAUUCACAUUAUUAAGGAAUUUGAACCAUUUCUCAGCUCAAAACAGAUGACAGAGCUUUUAUUGAUGGCUAUAGACUGCCUAAAGGAAGCCAACAGGCACACGACUGCAGCCUCCCAUGCCAUCACAUCUGUCAUCAUGGAGUUCUACAAGCACAAAUUACAUGAGCAAGUGCCAGAAAUUGUGGAGAAGAUUUAUCAGCAGCUUGGUUCCAUCUAUCAACCACGGGACAGGCAAAUAAUGAUGAGGGUCUUGGCCCAUCUGACUCACACCUACAUGGAAGAAGUAUGCAAUGCCCUUCUACAGUGCCCUUUUCCAAUUGACAGAUUUUCCGCUGAGAUGUGGUACGUGUUGACAAAAGCAUGCUCAGACUAUGAACUAACCAUCAUUGCAAACACACUGCUGAAAAAGCUGCAAUUGAGUCCAAAGGCUACUGGAGACUAUGCCACACCACUGGCUGCUGCCAGUGCAUUCUGCAAGUUGUUAUCGGUGCCAAAAUGUUCAGAUGUGGCACUCUACAUCUAUCCCCGACUGCUGAUGGCGCUUCUUGUUCAACUACACUAUAACAUCAGGCACAAUGUUACAGGGAGGACGAUGUCUCCGGAGAAAGAUGAUUCUGUGAGUUGUGUUGUGAUGGCACUGAAGACUCUUCUGUUAGCUGUGAGAUGCUAUUGUGAGUUUGCUGUUAUGGAGAAGGAGCAGGGCUGGGAUCUACUCUCCAGCUGUGAAGAUCACCAUCGAGGAGUAGGCCUUCUUGCCAGAGCCAUGCUUCAAAGCACCUAUUAUUUGGACCUUCAGAGGAUCUUGUACCUCCUGGUUCCCUUCUUGGAGCGAGGGGAUGAAGAGCACCAGAUCACAGCCACAGCUUUCUUUGUUGAACUUCUUUGUAUGUCAGAAGCCAGAAGACUUCCAGAUCAGUAUUCCAUUUGCCGCCUGAAGCGAGGCCUCAUGCAUGAAAUCUCAGUUAUAAGGGCAUUGAGUAUCAAAGGGCUUAUUAACAUGAUAGACUGGCCAGGAAAGGAAGUAAAAUUGUUAUUGCCAGCCAUGACAAAAGGCCUGUCUGGAAUGGAUGGGAGAUUGUUUGUGGAAAGUGUGGCGGAAAUAGAGGGGCUUCUCAGUGGCCCAGAAGGAGCAGAUUGUAUUUGCAACAUCACAGAUUCUCUUCAGGACCUCUUCGGUGAUAAGAGAGACAGUGUGCGUGCUUCUGCCAUAUAUCUUUUUGGGAGAAUGGUGAAAAGGUCCAAGAAGAGCAACAAACUAAUGAUAAGGCAACAAAUACUAGAAAACAUGAUUCCAUUAUUUUUGCAUCUCCAGGAGGAGAAUGCUGACAUCAGCAAGAAAUCUAAAUACACCUUAGAGGAAUCCUUUCACUUCCUGGGAUGGAAACCUCCAAAGCAGAUUGUCAGCUGGAAAGCUUGGCAUGAGCAUGAAGACAUUCUGGAUGAAACAUGCAGAUAUCUUAUAGAAAAACAAGAAGGAGCUCUUCAAAGAUUCUUGUACCAGGGCAUUUUCUACACAGAAAGUCCCAUUAUUUCUAUAAAAAGGGCUUCCAUCAUGCUCCUUAGUUUCCUAAUACUACAUAUGGACAACACAGUUGGAAAGGAAGACUUAAAUUUGGUAUCCCAAACUCUCGAACGCCUGAUGCAUGACUCUGAUGUAUCUGUGUGCAUGACCGCAGCCCAUGCCCAUGACCGCAUCUCUGCUGUUCUCUCAAAACAGAUUAAUAGACUUGAUGGCAACAAUAUGACCACAGCCAGUGACUCUGUGGCUGAAAAGCUGAUCAGCAAUUCCAGAUCCCAGAACUCUUUCCGCAACAGCAGUUCCAGUCUGUUUCGCGUCAUCGGCCUCUGGAAAUCUGCCAACAGGAAUUAGGCUCUUGCUGGUUGGUGGGAAAGGAGUUUGGCACACACCUUUUCAUUGCAACAAAAUGGCUGCAAACAUUACUCUUCUUGCAGUCAACGUCUGGAAGAAUAACAUGAAGAAGGCCCACAAAAAGGAAUCUUUGCUUUAUUGUCUCCCUCAAUAAUAAAUGUCACAGGUUCCCUCCACAA